CGAUAGAGUUUUUGGUUUUAGCUUGUCUUGAGCAUUGCCUUGCGGCAAAUGGGACAAGGACACGGUUAGGCAUUUAAGAAGUUCAGCUGCUGCCGCUGCUAGCCGCGGCUCAUUUGAAUAACAAAACAAUUGCAGCACAUACCCAGGCAGGAUAUUCAGGAUAACGCUGUCGCUGCCAUCAACUCAAAUACUUUUUACAAUUCUCUUGCAGCGGCGCCGGGCGAGGAAUGCGGCUGCGUGCGCCUGGGUAAAUGCAAAUGGUUCAAUGUGGCCAAGGGCUGGGGCUUCCUAACGCCCAACGAUGGCGGCCAGGAGGUCUUUGUGCAUCAGAGCGUCAUACAAAUGUCCGGCUUUCGUUCGCUGGGCGAGCAGGAGGAGGUGGAGUUUGAAUGCCAGCGCACAGCGCGCGGCCUGGAGGCGACACGUGUUUCGGGACGGCAGGGCGAUGAUUGCCACGGCAGCACCUAUCGGCCACGCAUCAAUAAGAAAACUCGCCGCAUGCGCUGCUACAAUUGCGGCGAAUUCGCCAAUCACAUUGCCUCGGAGUGCGCGAUAGGGCCGCAGCCGAAGCGCUGCCAUCGCUGUCGCAGCGAGGACCAUCUGCAUGCCGAUUGCCCGCAACGCAACACCACCGUGACACGAACCAGCAGGCGAAGCAAAAGCGUUGCCAACGACCAGCAGCCUGAAGCUGCUGUCGAGCCAACUCCCUAGCGCUAACGACACGGGGUCACAUUUGAAGUUCAAAACUUCUAAAAAAAAAAAAAGCAACGACACCUAGCAAACGAAACGUACAAAACGCAUGAAAUCAAAGAAAUACCUCACGUACAGCCAACAACUGCGCCCAAGCGCAGUAAUUUUGGCCUGCAAAACUAGACUUAAGGCGACGAGAAGGCAUUCUAAGUAUAAUAUUUAGAGCUUAACUUUACCAGGUAGCAUGCUAAAGAAUACACUAAAGGCCAUUUAAUGAUUAGUUCUAAGCGUAAACUUUUAGAUUUGUAGCAUUUUAGAGCGCUUAAAGUCUGGAAGGUAAAACUAUGGUACAAAUGAUUAAAACAUAUUAGAAUAUGUUUAUAAUUUGUAUUUAAUAU